GCGGCGAUACUUGGGUGCGCACGCUACCUACGCUGCUGGGAAGGGGUCUCCCCUGGGCGUGGUUAAUCCACCGCCCCCAGAAGUGGGAGCCAGGUGGAUGGAGGAAUUCUGUCUACACCAGGGCCCCGGUUGGCUUAACUACGUUGCAUAGGGGGAGUGGAUUUUUCGCACCCCGAGUGACACAGCUGGGUUGACCUCGCUUUAGUGCAGACCAGCCCGGAGUCUCACAUCCCAGGUGGGAUCUGGGGGGGCGGGGUGCUCCUGGUCCGGUCAGGACGCUGCAGAGGCGUGAGAUUCUGGAGCAGGAGCCCCCAUGGAGCAGCGGGGGGAAAACAACCGAAAUUGUCUGAAGUUGGAGCUUGACAAGUGUCUGUCUGGGAUUUUAGAGCUGGCAGGGGCUGGUGAGCAGGAGGGCCCCUCACUCCUACGUUCUUGCGUAAAGCAGUUUAAAAUGCUGCUCCCUCCCAUUACCCGCCCCCCGGCCACGUCCCUGCUGAAGAUGGGGAGCGAAGCACGGACGUCAGCAAGCCCUCGCUGCAGAUAGAGGAGAUACCGCCGCAGCUUUUCUGCACAUGUGGAAUUUGGACUCCAGGGCUUUCUCUGGAAGGAGCCCAGACCCUGACUGCAUAAUCGGUUGUGCAAUCGCGCCGCCCGCCAGCAGAGCUGACUCGAGCACAGACGGGCACAGGAGAGGUGGAAGGUCCCAGCCCGCCAUGGAUCUCCUAGGAGCCGUCGCCCUGUUCCUGGUCAUCGGCCUGUCCUACCUCCUGCUCCUCUCCACCUGGCGGCAAAUGCAGGGCCGGGGGCAAAUGCCCCCGGGGCCCACCCCGCUGCCCCUCCUCGGGAACCUGCUGCAGGUCGAGCUCAGCGACAUGCGCAAGUCGCUGAUGAAGAUCAGCGAGCGCUACGGCCCCGUCUACACCCUCCACCUGGGCCCCCGGCGGGUGGUGGUGCUGUGCGGAUACCAGGCGGUGAAGGAGGCCCUGCUGGACCAAGCCGAGGACUUCAGCGGGCGCGGGGAACAAGCCACCUUCAGCUGGCUCUUCGAGGGCUACGGAGUGGUCUUCAGCAACGGGGAGCGGGCGAAGCAGCUGCGCCGGUUCUCCAUCACCACACUGAGGAACUUCGGGGUGGGGAAGCGAGGCAUCGAGGAGCGGAUCCUGGAGGAGGCUCAUUUCCUGCUGGAAGCCUUGCGGGGCACGAAAAGUUUGCCCUUUGACCCCACCUACUUCCUGAGCCGCACGGUGUCCAACAUCAUCAGCUCCGUGGUCUUCGGGGACCGGUUCGACUACGAGGACAAGGAGUUCAUCUCCCUGCUCCACAUGAUGAUGGCCAGCUUCCAGUUCACCGCCACGGCCUGGGGGCAGCUCUACGAGAUGUUCUCGGACACCAUGCGCUACCUGCCCGGCCCCCAGCGCGCAGCGUUCAAGCACCUGGUGGGGCUGGAGAAGUUCAUCGAGAGGAAGGUGAAGGCGAACCAGGAGACCCUGGAUCCCAACGCCCCUCGGGAUUUCAUCGACUGCUUCCUGGUCAAAAUGCAGCAGGAAAAGGAAAAUCCUGCCUCGGAGUUUUUCCUGAAGAACAUUGUUCUGACGGCGCUC